AAGUAAAUUGUGCGUUUCGAGCUUCAACCGAGAUCUUAAGUGUUUGUUUAUUGUUUAUAAUAGUUUGUUUAUACACAGUGAAGAAAGUGUCGACCGUGGACAGCGUCGAAAUAGCAACUGCUAUAAAUGACGUGGUCCUUCACAACGACCCUGUGUUGAGUUGUUGUGUAUUUACUGACCACAGGAAUAGCGUUGAACCCGUGAAUGGAAGUGGAGAGGACCCUGGUUAUGGGUCCAGAAAGAGUGUUUCCGAGCUCGGAGGAGGAUCUGGGACAGGAGCGACUGGGGGAGGAAUGGAGCGGUGAGGACGGUGAGGAAGAGGACGGGGCACCCGGGGAGGAAGAGCACAACAGCGCAGGGUAUUAUUAUCAACCACUGAACCAGGAGCCUGAUGGUGUCUCCAACACACCGCUGGAUCAAAACGACACGACGCCACACGCCGAUCAGCUGCAGGAGGUGCAGGACAGAAUAGAGGCCAUGGGCUUGUUCCUGCCUCAGCCACCAGCUCCAGACAGCGAUGAGGAGGAGGAUCUAGAAGCUGCUGCUGCACAACACAGCCAUGCGUCUAUUCCUAUGGAUCCUGAUCAUGUUGAGCUUGUUAAAAGGACCAUGGCAGCAGUGAACUUGCCAUCUCUGGGGAUCCCAGCUUGGGCUCGUGAGAUUUCAGAUGACCAGUGGAAGGACAUGGUGCAGCAGACUCUCCAAACUCGGCAGAGCUCAGGAGGCCUCUUACUGCAACGCAAAUGAAAUGAUCUAAAGGCCUUUAUCAUGUUCUCCUUGCAGCCCAUGUUUGCAUCCCCAAUAAAGCAUCAAAAGAGCCUGUAAGGUCAUGUGACUGAGGUGGCAAAGAAUAAUUGUUUAUUAUAUAUUGUAUUUGUUUGAAGUAAAUGUACUGAUACCAUGAUGCAAAGGGUUUGACAUAUUUCAGGAUAGUUAGUGUGCUGCCUGAAGAUUCCCUCAUUAAUUUCACUGAAUCGCACUUCAAAAUCAAGACCACUUAAUCUUUUUUCUUCCUUUCAGUAUCAUCCAGUUCAUCUGCAUAUUUCUAGACAUUUGUGUUUAGUCCUAUAAUGACGAUAUCCACAUGAAGUUACUUUUCUUCAGCUUAUUGAUGCAUAUGUCCUGCACAUUCACAAACGUAUUUUCUUUCAUUUUAUUUUUGUUCUGUACAUACAUGAACAUCUGUACAAAAUAUGACUUUCAUAGUAUGUAAUGCUCUGCCUAAUUAAAGUACAACAUAUGUACAUAUGACCUGGAAA